CUGGCAUCACAUGAUGCUUUUCUUAUGAUGACAAUCCAGACAAAAAGGAGAAAACGUUUAUUGAGUUGCAGUUGACUUAUUGGGUGUUUAAAAGAUAAUGAUUUGAUUGUCAACGACCAUACAAGGAGGAAAUUAAGAUGUGUUAGCUAUUAAUAAUUUGCGAGCGAUCAUUAACAUUUUCAUGACAUUUUGGCAACUGUUUGUGUUUUGCUGGCUUGGACAAAGUUGGCGCAUGUAGAGAGACUAAGUUUCAUUUUCGUCGCUUCGGUUUCUACUUCAUUGCGUUGUUCCUGCUCCUCCACAAAUGUCGAGCAACUCUUCGGGCGACAAGACCAGCACAUCCUAAAAAAGACAACUACUCUGCCCCUUACAAUUUAACCUUAAGGCCAAAGGAGACAACUUGAGACAACAACUGGUCGGGGGGAGAUGGUGGACAGCAAGCCACUUCUACAGACGGACCGACCUCCCGCCUACCACAGCGUUCCGGGAACGUACGACUACAGUCCUCAGCAAUACAACUAUGGAGCCAUCCCGGCCACGGCUGCGGCGACCCCGGGAUUCCAGCAGUCUCCGCCACCCUACCACUACCAUGACGGACAAGGCUACCCUGCAGCACAGAUGGGCCCUGCCAUUGCUCAGCAACCAUACAGCGGGACUUAUACCAUCAUUCAGCCCUCUGUAGUGGUGGUGGGGGGCUGUCCGGCUUGCAGGGUGGGGGUGCUGGAGGAUGACUUCACCUGCCUAGGCAUCAUGUGCGCCAUCUUGUUCUUCCCCCUUGGCAUCCUUUUCUGUUUUGCACUGCGCCAGAGAAGCUGCCCCAAUUGUGGCGCCACCUUCGGGUAGAGGGACCAAACUGCACGCCAUUCACAUGCAUUUAAACACACACCACCUGCACAAACACAGCACCAACACCCAACAGUGUUUUUCAGUUGUUAAUUUUGUCAUUUUUGUUUCCCAUUCUUAUAGUCCUUGCACACUUAUGUUGCCAUGAUGAAUUUCACAGAUAUAAUUUGGAAUUUGUUUUACCAAAUAAGUAAGCCGCUAGCAUAUAGACAACAUUACCUUUUGUUUCUUCUACAUGGAACAUAGGAAAAUUCAUUUUCGUCCAUAGAAGUAAGAAAGAAAACAAGAGUUUGCUAGGGAAGUUGUGAACAAAUAUGAAAAGUCUGACUUUUCAGCACUAAUCUGUGCCAAUGCUCAACGUAGACCCAAUGGACUCAAGCUGCCGUUGAUUCAUGCUUGAUAGUCCAUAUUCCUGAGCAGAUUUGUGUAUUUUUGCAUAAAUAUAUACACAAUAAAUAUAUAUAUGGCACCCAUGGGUGUGUGCCAAAACUAUUCCCCUUGUGGUUAAAACCUAAAAUUAUAUCGUUUUUCAUUUUUUGUGUUUUAUCGUAUAAAUUCUUCCAUGGUGUGUUGUCCUUGUAUUCCUCACCUUUCCUGUGAAUCUAUUUUCUUGUCAUUGCAACACCUUUGUUUCAGACCUUUCUUAUUCACUUUCCUCUUGGUUUUGUCGUGAGAAUAGUAUUUUCGGACAUCCUAAAGAGACUUGUCUUUAAGAGCCUGCGGAACAAAUCACCUUUCCAGGCUGGAACAAUAGACAAGCAUUAUCAUUAUUUGUUAAACGGUUUCCCCGGAAUUCGUUUGUCUGUAUUUCGUCAUACUGGUAAGGGGGCAUCCUUGCACUGAAUUUUUGUAGAGUGAUAUGAUUUAAAGUUUGAGGUUGUCCAGCCAAUACAUAGCUCAGGUAGAUGUAAAUGAAAGAAAACCACAAACGCCACUACACCGCUUCAAUCAUAAUACUGGCAAGACUAUUUUUCUUUAGGUUGAUGAACAAAUUCUAUGUGUAAACUUUUUUAUGUGCAUACUGCUCUUGCCCACAACACAAGGCCAAACAUGCAGAGAAAUUAGGCAUUGAGAGCUGAUGGAUGGAUGUUGAUUGAUUGAUGAUGCAUCGUGUCAGUCUUAGUAACCUGCUCAGUGAGAUUCAGACAAUCAGUGAAUGUCUGUGUGCAGCAGUUUUUUCCUUUUGCUUGGGGUGGCAGAAAAACAAGCAACCAUGCACGUCAUCAUAAUUGAUGUUACUACUUUUUUAUAAAAAACGUAUAUAUGAAUAUGUAUAUAUAAAUAGAAAAUAAAUCAAGUGAUAAUUCAAGUCUUGUCUUAUUUCUUAUUUCUUGAUGAUAGAAUAAUGAAGUGAACACAUGAUCAAAUUAAUA